UCGCUCCAUUUCUUUCACUGCGUCUGGCAAUUAAAAGGCGCUUUUCAUUUUCUUUUGGGAAAGUUAUCAAGCUAUAUUCGUUUCAAUUCGUUUCGGUUAUUAUCGAAAAAUGAAGAAAACGCCGAAAGGCCACAGAAACUUUCAUAGUGGUCGUAACUUUUUCCCCAUCGGCCAAACGACAUUUGAAGUCAAUUGUCGUCGCGUCGUGCAGAAAAAGCGUUCGACCGUCGCUACGUAUAUAAAUAAAAUUAAAUUACUACUAACAAUUGAAACAAACGCACUGCCACAAAGAAAACGAAAGAAAUACUGUUUGUCCCCCACGAAACAUGAGACCCCCAUGACCCCCCACCUGCCCCAUCCGCACAUAUCCAUCCUCGCAUCACACGCUACGCAUGCGCAGUGUCAACGCAACUUUUCAGCGAAAGUGACUGAACGAGUUCCAAUUGUCCACGGCCGACGCUCCAAACGCCUUUAUCGGUGGCCAACAAUCAAGUGGCCUGCCGUAAUAUGUAGCUGCCAAAAUAAAUGAAAACGAAAUGCCUGCGGACUGACUGCUGCCAAAAGCCAGGCUUGUUUUCCAAAAAGAAUCCUAGCAACCAGUGCCUGCCAUGUCAACCUAAAAUACUAAUUUAACUCAGUUACCAGUCUUUCGUUACCAUUAGCAAAACAAGCCGGAUAAAACGUUUUGUUUUGAAAUUUGCUAAAAAUAUUAAAAUCAGUACAAAAAAAAAUGGUGAACUUUGUGCAUCCCGAGGAAAUGUAUCUCUUUGUGGAGAGCAUUCGUCCAUUUGAGGUGCGUGAGGUGGGCAGCCCGAAGUGGCUGGAGGUGCACGAGAUGAUCCUUGGGCUGAGCCAGCAGGCCGCCUUGGAGCUGUCCCAGCAUCGCGAGGAAGAGGUGAAGGAGUUCCUCAUAUCGCGCGACAAGCUACGCGUGCUGAUCCACGAAGCCUAUUGCGUAACGUUGUGGAAGACGCGUGUUCUGCCGCUUCUGCUGGAGAUUGAUCCCAAUCCGCAGGCCACGUUCCUUAUCUACACGGUGCUAUAUCACGAAGCUGCUUUGGUAGCGCUCCUGGAUGUGUGCCUCUACCAUCCGAGUGGCUGUGAGACGCUGCAGGAGUCUGUGCUGGAUUUGAUUGACUAUUGCGCCCAGGCCAUUUCCCAGGUCAUUGGCUUGGUCAGCAUGGGUUACCACGAGAACGAGACAAAGCUGGACGUGGAUGAGGCAGUGCUCACGGAGCUGGAGCGCCAGAAGCGCGACUUCAUCUAUAAGAUUGGACUGCGCUGCAUCUCAGUGCUGAACUACAUAGCAGAUAAUGUGACAUUGUUUCAUCUGAGCGCCGCACGCCGUUUGCUGGUGACCCAUGACAUUCCGUGGCUCAUGGCAGAUGUGCUCAGCUUCCGUCCAUGGCAGAGAAAGACCAGCAAGGGGAUUCAGAAGUUCAUCGACGAAAAGUGGACCAAUGUGGACGACGUCACCAAGAUUGUCAAGCCAGAGGCACAGGCCUGGUUUUGUGUGCGUCAGCUGCUCCUAAAUCCUCAGAUCAUGGAGAACUAUGCUUUCAACGAGGCACGCUGCAAGCAGUUACACAAGCUUUUGGGUCUCAUGCACGAGUCGUUGCUGGACCAGCUGCCGCCGCUUAUAGAGCUAAAGGUGUUCCUCAGCCGUCUGACGCUCAGCGGCAAUACGGCCAAGACACAGCCGCUCUUGCUGGAGGACAUUCCGCAGAUCCAGGAGGAUCUGCUCAAAGAUGUCGAGGAACAUGGUGGCUUCUAUCAGAUUGCCCAGGAUCAGGACUCGGUAUUCCUUAGCAAGAACAAGGAAAACAUCUGCGCUUUGGCCACUCGCCUCAGCAAAGCCUACGGCACGGACUUGCUCUGUGAGCUGGAGCAGAAUAUGGAUGAUCUUAAGAUGGGCGAAGCAAAGGAUGCCGGCGCUGGUGGCGAUGGAGAUACGGAUCAUACCUGCGCCACUUGCCAGGCGAAGGCCAAAAAGAAGUGCGCCUGCUGCAAGAAGGUUCACUACUGCUCCCGUGAUUGUCAGCUCAAGGAUUGGCCACAGCACAAGCUCGUCUGCCUUAAAACCUAAUCGUAAUCCAGCCUCUAGUAUACAAAAUAAUAUUUUCAAUAGAAUAGAACAUUCCA